AUGCUGUUCAACCUGCUCAAAAAGGCAAACGAACGCCCUGCUUCCUCCAGCUCGUCCAAGUCCCGCCGUCGCAAAGAUGAGCAUGGCCACCGCUCCUCAACUUCAGGCACGGGGCGCAAGUCUACUCCCUCUACUUCUUCCCGAGGUGACGGUCGUGGAAUAGCAGAUGAUGACUACGUCCCUGCUUCCUCAAAUUACUCCUCUAGUAGACAUGACCGCGAUGAUGUGGGUAGGUCGACUGUUUCUAGCUAUGCGACGGCAGACUCAAAAGCGAGUUUCGAGGAGGAUUAUGAUCGGUCAAUACCGGGUUCGCGCAGGGAGGAGAGGCCCGCAAAUAGGAAUGAUGAAAUUGAUUCCCGCGAUGACGAGAGGGGUCUGGAUGGCCGUAGGAUUCGGUAUGAGCGCUCAAGGAGUGGCGAUCGAGAUGAGAAGAGGUAUCAGCUGGAGAAGGAGAGGGAAAGAGAAGAGAAACCACGCCGUCGAGCUAAGUCUCAGGUGAUUAUUAACAAUCCCUCUGAAUACUCUCGCAGUCGGGCUGGGCCAAUGUCAUCCGGAGAUCAAGGAAUUAUGGGGGAAAUCUCUCAGCCUGGAUUCUCGCAGUUUCCUAUACAAUACGACAAUACUUCCCUGGGCGCAAUGCCAGAACCUGGGCCCUCACUAGAUUCUCACCAAAUACCUGUUUCACACCCUUCUCAAUUUCCCCAUCAACAAAUUUCUCUUUGUCCUUCUCCGUCUCCAGGCCAAGCGGCGGAGUAUUAUGGAGAUCAAGGGCAAUCAGUAGCAUCACAGCCUGGUGUUAGGCCCAACCCCCCUUCACUUAUCGUGGGAGCGGAGCCGCAUUUGAUGGCUGCUUCAUCAACGCCAAAUCCCCCAACUGAACCAUCUUCGAUGGGACAAGCGGGCCAAGCAGCAGACUAUUACGGUGGUGCUUCACCAACAAUUCAUCAACAACAUAAUGACGGUUACGGAGAAUCAGUCCACUAUUCACAAGAGCUGUCGCCCAAACCCUCCAAGCCUUCAAAACCCUCAAUUCCUGCUGCGGCAGCAGUGGCAGGAGUAGCAACUUAUGGUAUUGGGUCGAUGCUAGGAGGCUCCAAUGAACACACUGCAAUGACUUCAUCGUCAUGUCCCAAUUAUCACCCACCGCCUCCGCAUCAGCCCCAGCAUCAGCCCCAGCAGCCAUAUUAUCCUCCAACAAAUGGUUCACGCCCCCCAAAACCAAACAAGCACAAUUCUAUGCCUGCAGUGGGUGCUGCCAUGCCAGGGGCUGUUGCAGGAUACGCCGCUGCGACAAGCCACACACCAACUUUCCCGCGGCCCAACACUUUCUCUGGUGUCGCACACCAUCACCAAGGCCAAUCUGUCCAACUAGGACCGCCAGGUCAACCAGGCUCGCUGGCUUACCAUCAACGCCAUCACGGACCAUUCAGACGGUUUGUCAAUUUUUGGAAGGAUCCAGAGGCUGUAGCCCAGUUCGAAGAAUAUUCAGAAUAUAUCGGUGUUUGCAAGUUCUGUUUUGAACCAGGUACUUCUCCAAGGGAUGCACCUCGGAAGCAUGUACCCAGACGUCGUCGAUCUUCCGAUGAGCACCUGGAUAGUCGGGUUAGGGUGGACAAGCUGAGUCGAUACCCAUCUUCAUCUGGAGACGAGAGCCGUCGCAAGAAAUCUAACAAAAAAUCUUGGCUUGCCGCUGGUCUUGCUGGUUACGUUGCAAAAUCUCUCCUUGAAGGAAAAGAUGGAUUUGAUGGUUCAUACAGUGCUCGUUCCGGACAGCCUGCUAGGGAUGCUAUGAGCACCAGUACCACGUCUUUGGGGAAGAAGAGCCGUACGUCUAGGGGAACUACGAAACACUUAAAUCGAACUAGUUCCCCGAUGGGAAUUGUUAGUCAUGGAUACGGUAGAGAUGAUAGAAGCCGUUAUAGUGGUUCGGGUGGAAAAUAUUCGAAUGGAGACGAUAGUUAUCAUCGUCGACGUCGAUCACGGUCGCGUUCCCGCUCCCGCUCCCAAUCAAAAUCUCGAGAGAGGAGCUCUUCCGGCUUGAAAGCAGCAACCGUGGCUGCUGGGGCUCUUGGAGCCGCAUCUGUAUUAACAUCCGGGUCGCGUAGAAGCCGUGGCAGAUCUCCAAAAAAUUUGAGCCGCGGUCAAUAUUCGUCGUCGAACGGAUCCACCAUUGAUAUUUCUCGCAGCUAUGGAAAGCCAGGCCUCUCGGGGUUGACAUCCUUCUUUACCGCGCCAUCUGAAAAGCGGCCAAAAGCUCCAAAGGUACCUAUAGUUAAUGAGGAGGUGAAGAAGAAGGAAAAGGCGAGAAAAGGAAUUUUUAGCCUUUCUUCUUCUUUUUCCGCGGGUUCGUCUGCGUCUUCAUUUACGUCCUCAUCCGAUGAUGCUGACCUGGCUUUUGGGACUGGGUUUAUCGGAGCUCCACAUUCGGAGAAAGAGAAAUCCCGACCGGAACGCAAUGAAGAUCAUAAAGUUGAUGAUGCAGCUCUACUAGGACUAGGAGCUACCGCUGUUCGCUUGGCAGCUUCUGCUUCCUAUAUCAACUACGGCAAGGGUAGGCAAGAUGGUUCUUCCAGCCACAGUUCUCGAAGCCCAUAUUCGAUCUACAGACAUGAUUCCCGGCCUCCUGUCGUCUCGGGUCCGGCCGAGGAGGAUGGCUGGGUGUCUGCAUCUGAUGAUUCUUCCCCAUCAAGCGUAGAUUCCGCACUGGCUUACGGUGGCCCGUCGACAUCUUUCUCCUCCUCGGACUCAGGCACUUCUAAAUGGGGCUGGAGGUGGGGUAAUAAGAAAAAGAGCCUAAAGACUACGAAGUAUCAAGACCAUAGGUACCCUGACACGCGACAGCAUGCUCAGCCGCCUCCUGUAGCCGGAUAUUCAUUCCCACCACAACCACUCAGCACUGUGGGCAGCCUCCUGUCUAUGCAGAAUGUCUAUCCAAUACCAACGCAGGAUCCAUCCCAGUAUGAUGUCACGAACAAAAGUUCUUAUUCUUCUUCUCAACCCUACGUCCAACCGCAAGCCUCUCUGCUAAUUGGCCAAGCAUCCGGACCCGCGCACAUUCAACAUCCCCAGCCAGUAGUACCUGUCUCUCAGGCUCUAUAUACAACACAAGCAGAACUAGCGCAAUCCUACGAUGCUCCAAGUGGUCCACCAUUUCUCCCAAGAUCCUCAGGCGAGUCUGAUAAUUGCUGUGUCACUGAGUUGCAAUCUGGGGUUGGAUGCGGGAUCGCUCCAUUAGUGGAUAAAGCAGAGAGGAGUAGGUACUAUCGUGACAGUAACCAACGUUCUAAUUCUUCUCCCAAUGCGAGGGAGAGUGAGCUGCGGAGAAGAGACUCAUCUCCUGUGAUUUCCCACACUCGUGAUGAAAGUCCUAGACCAAAGCAGAACAGGCGCUACACUACCUCGCAAGUCCAGUUCGAUCUUACGAAGGAGCAGGAGGACAAAGAGCGUCGGCAGUUGCGUGAUGAGGAGGAGCGGGAGACGAGGCGAACGGAAAGGGAGUUUCGUUCACAUGUGGAGGAGGAAAGGAGGGAGAGGAAGAAGGAGAAGGAUGGCCGAGGUGCUGACUGGGAGUGUGAAACUGAGCGCCAGUAUGAGCCUCUGGAUAGGAAGACUUUUGACAUAGAUACUGGUGGUGGGCGUAGGGAUGUGUCUACUGGGUCUUCCUGGAUCACUCCCGUUGCAACUGCUGCAGGCGCAGCUUCGAUUGCGUCCUUGAUCAGUGAAUUGGAAGAAAGGAAACGACGAGAGGAACGGCGCCAGCAGAGGAGAAAGGAGAGACGAGGAUAUGUCGACGAGAGAGAGCCUGGAGCUGAGGAACGGGAAGAAGAAAAGCGAGACCAUGAUUCAUCUGCUGGACCGACAGGGAAGGAUAGAGUUACUGAGACUGAAUUGGAAUUUGACAUUAAAGAUAUCCCCGCAACGAAAAUUCGCCUUGCGAGAAAAGCUGCUGGUCGCGUUGCGGCGUCACCUGUUCAUGAUAACUAUGCAGACUAUUUCGUUCCCGCAGAGGUACUCUCGGGUGGAGAUGAGACUUCUAUCCACUCCCACUCAGAUGCGGGAUCACCGGGCUCUUCAAGUCCUAAUAUCAUUCUCAUUGAGCCGAGGAGCGUUAGACUCGAGAGAGAAAUGGCUGCGAUGUUGGCGGAGGAGGUAAGGCCACUGGGAGUUCUCCCAUGGCCCGUUCCACGUCUUAACUUGAUACAUCCUACUCCGCCCCAUAGUACUGAAGGGUCUGUGAUUGGAGAGGAACACCCACCCCCACCGCCUGUCCCGCCGAAGGUGACUGUGGAUGUGGAACGGGACAUAUCGCCAUCGCGAAAGAGUGAUUCUGGCAUUGAUAUUGAUGAGAUCGGUCGUGUCCGUGAAGUUAAAGGUGAAGUUGAAGUUGCGGAGACGAAGUCUGAGCAGAAGCCUGAGCCUGAGCCGACGCCGGUCACGGAAUCGCACAAGGUAGAAGAACCUUUGGGUAAAGUUGCCCACCUACUCGAAGAGCCAAGAACACCACAACCUGUCAUUGCUGAGGUUGAAGAUGCCGACAUAGACGAAGAGAUACCCCUUCACAAACAUAUUCCUGGUGCGUUCGGAAAUGACUUUGAAUUCGCUGCCACGCUUGCUGCUGGAGCUGCCCUCGCUGGGUUCAAUUCUGCUGUUGUCACUGAGGAUCCUACGUAUCAUCAACGCGACUCACCGCCUGGUUCUGAGGGGGAGGGUGUUUUUACCUCGCCGGUUGCGGAGGCUAUUUUUCGAGGUCGUGGAAGCCCCCCUGGUGUCCAGUAUACCGUCGAGGACGUAUGGGAGUCUGUUAGGGUUAGUUACCAUUCAAGAGCAGAGAAUUUUGGUGUUGAUGUGCGUGAGUCUCUUAAGUCAGCUGACGACGCGAGUAUUCAUGGUUUGACUCCAAUAGCUGAAGAUGAUAAGGCUGAAAAAAAUGUGGAAAAAAUGGUGAUGUUGUUGGAAAAGGAAAAGCGGGAAAUAAGCAUAGUGGUUAAGCGGGAGAGUCGGAACCGAGAAGAAACAUGGGAAUCAAUCUCAGAACCUGAACCGCCCAAGAAAGAACAGGAACCUGAGAAGCGAGAAAUCCUCACUGGGAAAGUUCAAGGGCUUGCGGAAAGUCCUGUUGUUGAUAAACCUGUGUGGCCUGCAGAUGCUUUGAUAGAUGACCAUGGGUUCUAUGAUGCCGAGGAGGGAUCGCCGCGCCAAUUCGAAUCCGAUGCCAACAGUAAAAAAGAGGACAGGGAGGCUGUUCUUGCUGCGGCUGAUGAGGAUCAGGAGAGAUCUUCAAAGAAGGAUGACCAAACCAUUGAACCUCGCAAGCCCACCAUUGCUUCUACCCCUUUUGGGCCCCAGGAAGAGGAGUUUGACUCUCAAGAAACCAAAAACCCAUUAAGAACUGAUAAAGAUGAUUAUACCGCAGACCAGCGACCCUCAAUACCAGGAAACUUCUUUGAAGAGCCUAAGGUGUCUAAAAAGACGAAGAAAAAGGCAAAGAAAGCCGCUAGGGAUGCGUUGAUGUACAAUAACAAUUAUUUUGAACCCGAAGUUAAAUCAGAAUCUCCACCCACCGGUGUAGAUCCCGACCCUGAACUCGAAUUCGAGACUGCCAAAGCCAGCAAUAAGAAAUUGAAGCGGAAUUCGAAGGGCAAGAGUAAAAAGUUCGAUUUGGAUGAGGGUGACAAAUCUGCUGCUAGUAUUGAUGAUAAUUUCUCCACCUUUCCCGCGCGUGCUAUCGAAGAAAAUGGCAAAAAUGAUAAAGAUGAGGCUGACAACGGUACCGAAUCAGUUGCUGCAUCGGUUAGCGUAGACGCCGAUGAAGACGCUGAGUCUAUGAAAUAUUCCAAAUCCAAGUUGUCAAAGUCAUCAUCGAAAUCAAAACGUCGAUCGAAGCGACAUAAUGAGCCUUUCAAUGAAAAUGCUCCUGCGUCUGCACCUGUUGUGCUCCCCCCUGCUAGACUGGUCGAUGACUCGAAGCCAGAACGGAGGAAGGGAAUGGAUGGUAGUAAAAGGAGCAGCAGUAGUGGUGGCAGUUUCUUUGGUUUCUUUGGGGCUUCUAAGUCUCGGGAUUCUCUAGCUGAAGAGGAGUUGAGGGCAUCGGCGAGGGAUGAACUGUCUGAGACUGGGGUUGAGGAUUUGGAGGAGGCAAGUGUUUCAUCUAGUAAGAGGCGGAGAAAGAAGAGAUCGUCGAAGGGGCGGCGUGAAUGUGAUGAGCUUGAGGGUGAUGAUGACGAUAUAGGAGUUGGUGGGAGUCAUGUAGAUGGUGUGGAGAAGGAAGUUUUGGAUUCUGCGCAUAUUGAUAAGAUUGGUGAAGUAGGGGAGAUGGAAUCACCGUACCAACGUAGGCGAAAGGAUCGAAGACAUCGAUAUGAGGAGAUUGUUGAGUCCGGGAGGAGCGUAGAUGGGCAAAGGAAUGACUCUCCCUCUAUAAGAUCUGACGGACAUGAUCAUGAGGACGGUGAUGCAAAUAAGGAUUACACGGAAGAUCAGUCUUUUUUAGGCACGCGCCCCGAAAUGCCAUCUACCCAUGACGGUGCUUCGGGGCUGCUCGAUUCCACCCUUCAAAAACAUAUAGGAGGGAAUGAGUCUGGGAAUCCCACACCUGCCACUACCCCGCGUUCUCAGUCGCGGAGUCGCCCUGUAUCCUCAUCGCCUUCUUCAAAUAAAAAGGCUCUUAGUAUACAAGUGGACCCACGAUCGACUUCCCAUAUUGUGGCUUCGCCGACCGCUGUGCCUAUACAUUUCCGGCGCCCGAAGCCAUCUUCCGGUGUUAAGAAAUCUGCAGCUUCAGCUAGCCCCGGCACACUAGCUGACUUGGCGGACUCUCCGACUUCAAAACUUGGCGGCGGUAGCAAACGACCCAGGUCAACUGAAUUCAAAACUUCCAGGGAGUUCAGGCCUUUGUGGUUGGUGGAACAGCACGGCUUGCGAAAGCUGGAUAGAGGCCCAGAUGAGCCAUACCCUGCACUUCCUUCUAGUAAAACAACUUCGCGGACGUCCUCUGUCGAGGUUUUGAAAGGCUAUGGUCUUGAACAAGGGUUUACGCCGGGUGUCCCGUAUGAAACACAGUCAUUUGCCGAACGGUCACCCCGAAUAAGACCUCUCUCGUUACAACUAGACAACGACAAUGCUCUACAUGAUGCUUAUGUGCUAGAAGCUCAGCUGGCGACCCCCACUGCAGCAAGUUUCUGUUCAGCAGCCCAUAAAAAAGAGAAACCGAAGCCUGAGUUCCACUCCCCGUCGGAACUUCUUCUCGAUCCAUUUUGGAGUCAAACACAAUUGCCAGCUUCCCCGACACAAAACCUGUUACCUUCUCCUGAAAUAACUGCUACAGGUGAAUCGGUUAUUGCAGCUACGGAUUGGGACUUGGAUUUGGAAAAUUUACUAUCACUACGGCGCUCGUUGACGGCUUCUUCUCAGUUGGGUGAGACCCUACCUCCGUUGCCAGAGAGUCGUCCCCCCACGUCUCAUUCAGAAACUGGAUAUAAAUUGCUUACGGGAUAUGCUGAUAUGGAUAAUUCCUUUCCUCCAUUGCCGGAGAGUCGUCCAUCCACUUCUCAUACCCAAGUUGGAUCUCAGUUAACUGAAGGACUGAGCGCAGGUGUGGUUAUUGGUCUUGGUGCUGAUGUGGCCGCAAAUCUUGUCAGUCCAUCGUCGAGUAAAACUAGAGGACGAAAAGGGGAUAUAGUAGCUGAAGGCCCACAUCAUGCUACCGGUAAUAUUGAAGUGAUGAUUGCAACACGCAAGGUAAGUAUUCAGCCGACCAGGGAGGUGGAACCAACGUCAACAUCUGAAAUUGCAAGAGAACGCCUGCAUGAAGUAACCGAUCUAGCUGAUCUAGAUCAAGGAAACAGGAAUCAGCCUAUGGAUUCUUCAGCUGUAGAAUAUCUAUCUUCUUCACUUAGUGAAACCACCGUUGAAGUAUCAGAAGAUUCUGUUCCCAGAACUCUAGCUGCUGAGGAAGAGCAUCAACUGCAGUUAGAAGCAUCAACGGUAUCAGUUCCUGGUGUCCCAAUAUCCGAUGCAGUACCAUAUAAACCACUUCCCCGGCCUGCAGACUCUAUUUUACCGGACGAGUCCGUUCCUUCAAAGUCAUCGAAGACUAGAGGAGAUGAUAUCCAACUGACGUCAUCAAUGAAUUCAAAAAUGGCGAAGGACAAUAUGAUAGAUGCUUUCGAAAACACAGAAAUAUUGCCUUCAGGAGAAAAUAUAUCUAAAGUCAAACAUCGAUCUGUUUAUUCGGAAAUUGAGGAUGACAAGUGUGACGCUUCACUCAUGUCUGAGAUCAAACCGUCACAGGAAAACCAGGACCUAGUAGCCGUUGAAAAUUCACUAAGGACCGACCUUUUGGAACCACUGGAGCGACAACCAACGGGAGGACUUCUUAUCCCCGAGGAAUUAUCCGGUCAAGUCACAGCUAAUUCUACAGACCCCGAGUUGGAAUUCUCCAACCCGAAAAAGAAGGGUAGAAAAGGAAAAGGUAAACAAAAGAAGAAGGCGAGCAAGGUUGUUUCUCAAAGAAACCAAGGGUGA